GUCAGCUGCGAGCUGAUAUCCUCCGUCGCAUGGCUGCGACACAUAACCUCAAAGUGAGACAUGGCAGCUGCCGAAAAACUGACGGAAAAUGGGAAAAACAAGCCGGUUUUUUGCGAGCUAACCAUUAGCGACUUGGAGUCGGAGAUUACGGAGAUCGAAAGUCUUUGCAUGGAGUGCGGCAAGAACGGGAUUACCCGAUUGCUGUUGACGAAAAUCCCACACUACAAGGAUGUGGUGCUCAUGUCCUUCGAGUGCGAGCACUGUGGCUAUCAGAACAACGAGAUACAGAGCGGUGGGAAGAUAGCGGAUAAGGGUAUCAAGAUAACUCUGCGAGUGGCAACGUCGCAGGAUCUAAAUCGCCAAGUAGUCAAAUCUGAUUACACCAGCGUUCACAUACCCCACUUAGAUUUCGAGAUUCCUUCACAGUCCCAAAAGGGAGAGAUUACGACUGUGGAAGGGAUAAUCGACAGGAGCAUCAGCGCGUUGGAGCAAGAUCAGUCUAGGCGUCGAGAAGAAUUCCCGGAUACCGCAGCUGAAAUAGAUCUGUUUAUCAGUAAAUUACAUGCAUUGAAGAUAUUGGAUGAACCAUUUACUAUUGUCUUUCAGGAUGUUUCAGGAAACACACAUGUGGAGAAUCCAAAAGCACCUAUCAAAGAUAGCCAGUGCGCUAUAACAUAUUUCAAACGAACGGAAGAACAGAAUCACAUGUUAGGGAUUUAUUCUGACAAUGAAGAUGUUUUGCUUAAACCCGUACAGGCAGAAGAGUAUCCUUUGGAACAAAUUGAAGGCGAAGUUUUGUCCUUUCCUACCAAUUGUCCAGAUUGCAACAGUCCUUGCGAGACUAAUAUGAAACUGACAAACAUACCACACUUUAAAGAGGUUGUUAUAAUGGCAACACUAUGUGAAUCUUGUGGUCACAGAACUAACGAGGUGAAAAGUGGCGGUGGAAUCGAAUCUCAAGGAGUUAAAAUUGAAGUGACGGUAACAGGCAGAGAAGAUUUCAGUCGAGAUCUGCUGAAAUCUGACACUUGCAACAUGGAGAUACCUGAGCUGGAGCUGGAAGUCGGUCCAGCUAUUUUGGGUGGCCGAUUCACGACCGUCGAAGGAAUUAUAUCGGCAAUGAAAGAACAGUUGUCUUCCUCUACAGCUUUCACUGGUGACAGUGGUGAUUCGGAAACCGUGAACAGGAUGAAUCGGUUUAUUGGACAGUUAGAGGAAAUUUUGAAUGGUCAAAGAAAAGUGACCUUGGUUUUGAAUGAUCCAGCUGGAAAUAGCUACGUGCAAAGUCUUUCUGACAACGGACCUGACGAUAGAUUAAAGAUCACAAAGUACGACAGGAGCUUCGAGCAAAACGAAGAGCUCGGUCUUAACGACAUAAAAGUCGAAAAUUAUUAGGUGUCACCAUAAUGGAGAAACAAACAUUGUUGCACAAAUGUCAUCAUAUGUAAAAAUAACUAAAAAUAGCUAUAAUUAACAAAACAUUCUAGAUCAUUGUUUUUGUAUCACUUUUAUUGUUGAAAUAACAAAUCGUUGUUUUCGUAA